ACCUCGACCUCUCAGAGAAGCAGAGACAGUUCAGCCGGAGACUGAAGGUCAAUAAAGCAGCUCUAUCAUCCCGCUAGCAGCGAAACAAAGAGGAACACGAUGGUCAAUGAACAGCGCUUUGUGAUUAGUCUGAGGAUCAUUGGAUCCGUGCUCAAGGACACACCAAAACUCAAGAUGUUCAUGGUAUCUGUGUUGUGGUCUGAUGAGACGGAAGUUAUAAUCUACAGGUCCUUCCAAGAGUUUAAGAAAUUUCAUAAGCAGCUGAAGAAAAGGUUCCCUCAUGUGAACCCUUUCAGGAGAAAUGACAGAGUGAUCCCCAAAUUUAAUGGGAAGGUGAGGAAGAGCCUCCAGCAGAAAGGAUCCAAGACAAUGGUCCGUCGUAUGAAGUUCCUGGAGAGCUACUGUGAUGAGCUGCUGAAGUGCGACCAAAUAGUGACUCAGAGCUCUGAGCUCACUCAGUUCUUCCUGCCCAAAGACCACGACCUGCAGACGGACUUCACCAAGAACAGCAUCAUGAUCCUGCUAUCUGACAGCUCAGACGGAGGAGGAGGGGACCACCAGCCUGGAGGAAGUGUCACCCACCCUCUGGUCACCCAGACUUACCGCUGUGUGGCCGCUUAUGAGACAAAAGAUGCUAAAAAUCGUCCAUUUAAGGUGGCUGUUGAUGAGAAACUGGAUGUCCUGAUCAAAGACCCCGCAGGUUGGUGGCUGGUGGAGAAUGAGGAGAAGCACUUGGCUUGGUUUCCUGCUCCCUACCUGGAAUCAUGGGAAGGAGAGGAAGAUGAUGAUGCAGGAUUCCAGUUAGGAGGUGCCCUGUACUGUGCUGUGAGGAGUUUCUCGGCUACGAAGGAUGACGAGGUGUCUGUGCCCAUUGGCUCUGUGGUUGAGGUGCUGAGGAAGUCUGACGAUGGCUGGUGGCUUAUCAGAUUCAAUGGCAAGGGUGGUUACAUCCCCUCCAUGUACCUGCAGCCAUCCAACAACCCCAGGGCCGGCCUUUACAGCAUGCAGAGAAAGCUCCACAGCUCCACCCUGAACCUUUCAGUAACCGGCAGUGAGUCCCGAGCUUCUUCUCCACCAAGUAGGAAUGGAGAAAACAGAGAGAGGUCCAGAGAAGAACCCAGUCUGCCUGGGCGUCUGCACAAGGCCCGAUCUCUGGAUGUUCUGUCUGAGACCUGGACGCAGGCGCAGACAGACAGAGAUACCUCCUCCUUAGAGGAUUAUUCAUGCAGAACCAGCACCGAGCUGAGCUUCUCUGGCUUCUCCACAGACAGCGAGUCAUCUUCCAGUUUGACAGAGGGAGCACAGCUGGGUCAUUCAAGCGGUAGCGAGCGAAGCAGUCCUGAUCUCAGCCUUUCUGAUUGUCGCAACUCCAACAAGAGCACCAAAAGCUCCAGAUCUGCCGCCUCAGGUGGAAGCGAGACUUCCUCAAAUGUUCCCAGGGUGCCACCCCGACCGAAAACCGAGGAGAUCCUGACCCGCUGCACCACCAUGACACGAAAGGCAGCCCUGGCUAACAAGACCCGGCUUCAGAUCCAGCCAGAGUCCAUCUACAGCCGCUGAGGAGUUAGAAAUCCAACAUACUGAAAAUACUGUAAAUCAUAGUCUCAAUUUCAAAUCGAUUUGUGUUAUUUAGUAUUUGUUGUUAAAUAUUUAGCUGCAUCAACCUACCUAUAGGUCUGUCAAUCAAAUGUGUUGUGAAGCAUCUUUUUUUUAUCUUUGUUUCUUUGUCUUGUCACACAAUUACUGAAGAGAAAGCAUUGGUGACAAGAUGAAUGUGUCCUGAAAUCCAUAAAUUGAUGUCUUAACAUUUUUCAUUUGAUCAAAUGGAGCCUGACAUCUUAGGUUUGAAACUUUUACUCAGUUUUAGAAUCAUGUAGCUUCAAUGAAGCGUUAAGGAAAGUCAGUUUAAAAAAAAGGUAUGUGACAUGGUCACGCAAUAGUAAAGAAUUCUUUAUUUUCUCUUAGUCAACUUAAGGAAAAACAUGAAAAGUGGAUUGUUGGAGUUUAAGAUGCAGAUAUUUACACUAAACUGUAUUUAAUGUGUCUUCCUGUUUUCUUUUUCACAGUUUUAACAGAAAUAAGCGCUUGUCAGUGCUAGUUGUCUUUUAUUUGUAAUGUCUUGCAUAUAGCACUUUAACUUAACUUAACUUAACUGAAUGUACUUGAUAAUAAUAAGUAAUAGAAACCAUACUAAAACAUCCAGUAAACAAGCUGUCAGUAAACAGAAUGGGAUGACUUAUGAGUGUCCUGUCAGAACGUGAUCUCAUUUAAUUCUAACCUUCUACUGUUGUUUAUUUAAAGAGUGUUUUAAUUUCCCUUUUUUUAGUUCACUGUAGUUUAACCUUUUGACAUGUAUGAGUUUGUAUGUAAGUUUCACAAAAACAGAUCAAUACAAUCUUAUUUGCACCGAAGUCACAAA